UCAAGGGACUUGCUAAGAAUCUGGACUGAAGGAAUCCAGGCAGAGGAACCACAUUGCUUCCCAUGGAAAAGUCAAAAGCAUUCCUCCUGGCUUUCUUGGCUACUAGCUAUUUCUCAUAUAUUGCUGGUGACACAUCAUUUAAGGUCAUUUCGUGCAGUCAUUAUCAAAAGAAGUUUGUGCAGAAGAAACACAUAUGCUCCAUAAGAGUCAGCCCAUUGUGUGCUUCUAAUAAUGUUACAUAUCCUAAUUCCUGCGUGUACUGCUUUGCCAACAUAGCUUUGGAUUUCACUCUUCGAAUUCAAUACAGUGGAAAAUGUAUGAAGCCCACUUCUUGAUUAUUCUUCAUUCAGCAUAAGUGAGACAUAUGGAUCAAGCAUCACCUGUUCUUCAUCAGGCAAAAUUCAUUAUUAUUACUUUUACAAACCAAUAAAUUUGAUCCUAUGGAA